UCCUUUUCAGAAGGCAGGUAUAUCGUAGUCAGGAAACUCGGUUGGGGCCAUUUCGCAACAGUAUGGCUCGCAAAAGACACAAAAAUGAAUCGUCAUGUCGCACUCAAAAUCGUAAAGUCCGCGCCUAGGUACACAGAGACCGCUCUCGAUGAGAUCAAGUUACUCCGACGUCUGAUCACAUCCAACACUCUCCCUCAACCCCCAACCCCAACCCUCCCACAUCCCAUGCCCACACACACCCCGGUCGAUCCCAUGUUAUGUCGUUUUUGGAUCAUUUCCGACAUAAAGGUCCUAACGGCACUCACGUCUGCAUGGUUUCUAAAGUCCUCGGUGAAAACCUACUCGGCCUCAUUAAACGACAUCAAAACAAGGGCGUCCCCGUGCACCUCGUAAAACAGAUCGCAAAACAAGUUCUCCUAGGUCUGGAUUACAUGCACUGUUGUUGUGGUAUAAUUCACACAGGUCAGGACGGUAACCAAACGCCUCGCUCCGAAUCCUUUUUCAUCACCGGAUCUCAGCCCCUACUGUCCCCAUCUUCGUCCUUCAGCAGCAGCCCCAUGUUCGACAAGCUUGCCUUCGGUAUGAGCAAGAUCGAUGGCGAGGCUACCUCCAAACCCGGAUCUUACGGAUCUAGUUCUGUGGCUAAGGAUGGAUCCACUGGAUCAGCUGCGACAACAGGCUUGGGCCUUAUGGACGUCUCCUCCAAGCGUGCAGACUCGACAGAAGUUACUGCAGAGCACAUCUCCACCGUCUCGCUCCAUCCAUCUGGGUUCAACAAGAUGAUGACGCCUCACCCUGCCCACCCCCCUGGGCCUUCGCUACUAACACAAAUGGCACCCUCCCAACUCCCAGUCACGACACCCUCUCAACCACACGCUGCUUCAAGCUCCAAGUCCCUCGUAGAUUCUAACACUGUCGAUCCAAAUCUUUCCAGCUCUGUCAUGUCCAUGGAUUCAGUACUGGCAGAAACAUCAAACAACAUCAAGCCUGCUCGAGAGCACCACGAAGAUCAGAGUCAAAAUUGCAGAUGUUGGGAAUGCUACCUGGGUCGAGCACCAUUUCACAGAUGACAUUCAGACGCGGCAAUACCGGUGUCCGGAGGUCAUUCUAGGCGCCAAGUGGGGGACUAGUGCAGAUGUGUGGAGUGUAGUGUGCAUGGGUAGCAUGCCACACGUUAC